UCCUCAGCUAUUAACCUCAUUCAGCAUAUUCAGUAAAAUGGGGUUAUACUCUUGCAGAGAAGUCCUGGUUUUUAUUCUUGCAGCAGCAGUUGUCAAUUAUAAAGGGGCAGCUCAAGACACUACCAGUACAACUCUUGUUCCAGCAAUCAUCACCUUUGGGGACUCUGCGGUUGAUAUCGGAAAUAAUGAUUAUCUCCCAACCAUUUUCAAGGCUGAUUAUCCUCCUUAUGGCAGGGACUUUGCAAAACAGCAGGCUACAGGAAGGUUCUGUAAUGGCAAAUUAGCCACUGACAUUACUGCUGAUACUCUUGGAUUCACAACUUAUCCACCUGCCUACCUUAGUCCACAAGCAUCUGGGAAAAAUCUACUCAUUGGUGCCAACUUUGCUUCUGCUGCAUCCGGCUUCGAUGACAAAACAGCUUUCUUGAGUCACGCGAUUUCACUAACACAGCAAUUAGAAUACUACAAAGAGUACCAAUCAAAAUUAGCUGCAGUAGCAGGUAGUACAAAAGCAGCAUCGAUCAUCAAGGAAGCAUUAUAUUUAGUAAGUUUCGGAAGCAGUGACUUUGUUCAGAACUAUUACGUCAAUCCUUACCUGAACAAGUUCUACACUCCUGAUGAAUACGGAUCAUACCUUGUUGGCAUUUAUCAAAGCUUCAUCCAGAACUUGUAUGCAUUGGGAGCCAGAAGAAUUGGAGUAACAUCACUCCCACCACUAGGAUGUCUUCCAGCUACAAGAACUUUGUUCGGAUACCACGAGCCAGGGUGUGUGUCACGAAUCAACACCGAUGCACAAGGAUUCAAUAAGAAAAUCAAUGCAGCUACAAAACAACUGGAGAAGCAACUUCCUAGCCUAAAGAUUGCAGUGUUUGAUAUUUUCAAGCCUCUUUACGAUGUCAUAAAAUCCCCAGCAACCAACGGAUUUAAGGAGGCAACUAGAGGCUGUUGCGGAACUGGAAGAAUAGAGCUAACAUCAUUAUUGUGCAAUCCAAAGUCCAUAGGAACAUGUCCCAACGCGACUGAAUUCGUGUUCUGGGAUAGCGUUCACCCUUCUGAGGCUGCAAAUCAGAUUCUUGCGGAUUCCCUGCUCAUCGAAGGCAUCAACCUCAUCAGCUGAUCCCUCCAGCAUUCUCUGAAGAAUAUAAUGUUAUAUAUCAAAGCUGAUGCUGUCACUUCUUUUUUCUUUCUGUUUAUUGUCGUGUUUGCUAAACGUACAGCAUUAUAAGACUAAACUAUAAAGGAAGAACUCGUUCUAGUGAAGUAUGUGUUGCAACUUUCAUGGCUGCACAUAUUAUUUUUCAUCUUGUUUAAGUUCGAAAUGGAAUGAUUUAAGACAUUGAGAAUAAAUACAGAGGGAUGUCAAAGAACAAAA